UGCCUGUUCCCUCCUCUCCACCACCCCUCUUUUCCCUUGUUAUCGACCCCAACCAUACUUUCAGCCCUCUCUAAGCUCUUCGGCACCGCCAGCCCCAAGCUGUCCGCAUCCUCUUCCCAUUUCCCUCGCCCAAACCUGCACGUCUUUCCUUUCCUCUCAAAGUGACAACAUGUUCAAGGCCCAGCUUUCGCAGUUCUUCCCUCCAACCCCCGCAUUUUCCGAAGCCGACGUCCCUGCUCAGGAUACCAAGGUCUUCAUCGUAACGGGCGGCUCAUCCGGGAUUGGCCUCGAGCUCUGUAAGAUCCUAUACCGGAAAAACGGCCGCAUCUACAUUGCGGGCCGGUCCGAAGUCAAGGUCCGCCAAGCCAUCCAAGCUAUCCAAGAUGCCACACCGGCAUCCGCAGGAUCCCUCGAGUUCCUGCGGCUCGAUCUCGCCGACCUCAGCAGCAUUAAAGCCGCCGUCGACGACUUCAAGGCGCUAGAGCCGCGUCUACACGUCCUAUGGAAUAACGCCGGCGUGUCCCAACCCCCGCUGGGUAGUCUGUCGAAACAAGGCAUCGAGCUGCAGCUCGCCACCAAUUGCCUCGGCCCGUUUCUUUUUACCCAGCUUCUGCUGCCGCUGCUCAAGUCGACAGCCGCCGCCCAAGACGCUAAGGAUGCGGCCUCGGUCCGUGUCGUCUGGACAUCGAGCCAGAUGAUCGAGCUCUCGGCGCCCAAGGAGGGCAUUGUCAUAUCGGAGCUGCGCACUCCGCCCAAGAAUACGACGCGCAACUACGUUAACUCUAAGACGGGCAAUCUAUUUCUUGCUACCGAGCUCGCUCGCCGAGAGCCUUCGGUCGUUAGCGUCGCCCUCAACCCAGGCGCCGCCUCGACUAACCUGUUCCGCUAUACACCCUUAACGAAACAUCUCGCCUGGCCGCUGCUGCACUCUGCUGAGCGGGCGGCGCUAACGCAGCUAUAUGCUGGCUUGUCAUUGGACAUCACGGUUGAGAAGAAUGGAUGCUAUAUUGUGCCCUGGGGCAGGAUUGCCGGAGGGUCGUCCUCCCGAGGUGGUGAGCACGGUCCCUUGAGGAAGGAGUUGGCUAACGCAACAAAGCCGGUUGCGGAUGGCGGGACUGGGCGCGCGGCAGAGUUUUGGGAUUGGUGUGUUGAGAUGACUAGUGAGUUCUAUAACUGAUAAGACAGUCUAUUGCAGUACCCCUUGAUAUAAAUGUCUUGUUAUGUUGGCGUUUGACUUCGGCACACUCUAUACUAUUCUCGUUAUUUGCGUUCUAGUUCGAUUAGUAUUGCUAUGUGGUGAUGCGAUGUUGGGGACGGGCAACAGCCCAGGAAUGACAGAUAACUCUCACGGUACGCGUUGAUGAGACGAAGCGGCAAGGUUAAAGACAAAUGAAUAUCUACGGAAGCUCCACAGAAGCCUAGUUACAGUAUGAUC